AUGGCCGAAUUUGUAAAAGAAACAAACUAAUAAGAAUUAAAAAUAAAUAAAUAAAUUGCCGAAUUAGUAAUAUAAGAAAUCUAAUCUUCUUAGAAAAAGUCACCAAAAGCAUCAGAAGCUGAAAAAAACUAUGUAAAAAUACCUUCAAUAACUUUUUUCCACAAAUUCACAUUUGCUUUAUUAGGUAUAAGUGCUUUGACUGGUUUGAAUGCCAUUUUAAAUGCUUUACAUUUUUUCUAAGAUAAAUUUCCAAAAAAUAAUUUCGUAGAUGUUGCUUUUUACUUCCCAAUUCCGAUUAUGUGUUCUAAUUUUUUAGUCGGAGUUACUUUGACAAUAAUAGGACAUAAUAUUCCAUUUGAAAAAUCUAUUCCUUUUUCUUUAAGAGGAGCAAUAUUAUCUCUAAUUUCUUUAUGUUUGGUAAGUGUGUACCUUUAAUAAACAUAGGCUGGCAUUAUCCUAGUAUUCAUUAUUUUAAUAUUCUAAGGAACUAUGGAUAGUAUUGCUAAUAAUUCUUCCGUAGCUAUUUCUGGAGCUACCCAAAGUAGAUUAUUAACUACAAAUUCUAAAGAUAGAGAUUUUAUAAAUUACGUUAAUGUUUUCUUUUUGACAUUUGGUAUUACUAUUGGAACAAUAAUGGCCGUAGUUUUUGAAAAAAAAUGA